AUGAAGCGUGGAAUUCCAGAAACUUUCAAGGGCGCUGUGUCCGAGAAGGUAACUACUGCCAAGGAGUUCCUUAAGGAAAUUCAAAAGCAUUUUGCUAAAAACGAUAAGGCUGAAACAAGUACGAUUUUGUCGAACUUGAUUUCAAUGAAGUAUAAACGAAAAGGAAAUAUAAAGGAGUACAUCAUGGACAUGUCUCAUCUUGCUUCGAAACUAAAGGCACUAAAGUUAGAGCUAUCUGAGGAUUUGCUCGUGCAUUUAGUUUUGAUUUCUCUUCCUGCACAAUUCAGUCAGUUUAAGGUUAGUUACAACUGCCAACAGGAUAAAUGGACUCUUAAUGAGCUCAUUUCUCAUUGUGUGCAAGAAGAAGAAAGACUGCAGCAAGAAAAGAUAGAAAGUGCUCACUUGGCUAGUACCUCUAACGACAAGAACAAGAAAAGGAAGAAUGACAAAGAAGCUGCGGGAGGUCCAGCCCAAAAGAAAUAG